AUGGCAAGGCAGCCCAAGUGCUGGGAUGGGGUGGAAGAGUCCAAUGACAGGGCGGUUCCAAUGGCAGGGCAGUUCCAGCAGCAGGAUGGCCAAAGAGUGGCGGUGGCAAACAAGCAGGAGAUGGCGAUGUCAGAGUGGGCUCACAAUCUGCCUCCCUUGCUCAAAGCGCCCAGACAUAACGUGCUCGGCAGCAGCAGGGCGAGGGGGAUGGCAAUGGCAAUGAUGAUAAACCCGAUUCUCCUUCAUCGAAAGAGCCCAGGAUCAAGUCUCGGAGAUUCGUUGGAGAUGGGCAAGUGCCAAGCACAGGCACUUUCAGGGCAUUCAGGAGGGGGGGAUGACAGGGCAGUUGUGCCCAAGCAGUGGACAGUCACCAUAGCAGGCAUGUGGGCAGUGGAGAUAGCGAAAGAACAGCGCAAGCACAACAUUCAAAGAGUGGUAGUGUCAAACGAGCAGCGGAGUUGA